AACGGAAGAUGUUAUGGCAGACAAAACAUCAAAAGCUAUGGGAUCGGGCUCAAAACCCGUUCCCAUGAAAUUAUUUGCAACUUGGGAAGUAGAAAAAACACCACCCAAUUGUAUACCAAGAUUGUGCAGUUUAACCCUUGACAGGUUGCAGGUUUUAAAGGCCCUUGAAAAUGAUUUGGCAACAGUCAUUAUUGCUGUUAAAAUGCAGGGUUCUAAAAGAAUAUUACGAUCCAAUGAGAUAUCAGUUCCUGCUAAUGGAUUAUUAGAUACAGAAUUGGACUUGUCCUUCUCAUUACAGUAUCCACAUUACCUGAAGAGAGAUGGUAAUAACUUGCAAGUGAUGCUACAGAGAAGAAAGAAAUAUAAAAAUAAAACAAUUCUGGGUUACAGAAUUCUGGCUAUUGGACAAGUGAACAUGGAUCAGGUUCUACAGAAAAAUGUUGACAAAGAAUUACAUUUAUUUAGUGAAGCCAAAGAACACACCAAACAUGUUGCACAAGUGAGAAUGGUGUCAUUGUCUAGUCAACCUGUUGACCAUGUGGAAAAUGGACAGGGGAAAACAUUAUCAUCUUAUGUGGAAGUUGAUCGAUCACCUGACGUAGACAACGACUCAGAUGAUGAUGAGAUUGAGGAUGAUGUUGAAUAUUGGUCUAAUGCAGAACUAAGUGACAGUGAACCAGUCAUGUUGGCACGGCCUCGUAAAUCUAGUCGAGGGAAAAUACAUGCAUCGAGAGGCAGGGUUGGAGCAGCACAGCAACAGAGAAAUAUAAAACAAAGAUUUAUAGCAUUACUGAAGAGAUUCAGGAUAACAGAGGAGGGUCUAGAAUCUGAAGGAGACCAUGGUCUGGAAAUUGCUAAUCCUGAUGCUAGUGUAGAUAUUGAUGAUUUAUUUGAUGAAUUAGAAGAUCUAAGUGACAGCGGACCAGAAUUAGACACAGUCAGUGUUAUGUCAACUCCAAAACCACGUCUCAGACCUUUUUUUGCUGGCAAAGGAGGGAAUGCAGACGUGACUGAAUCUAUGAAAUCUGGGGAGAGUGGUAGAAUGAGUGAUGAUGGUUCUAAGAAAAAUGAUUGUGACAGCCAUGAACAAGAUAUAGAACAGUCUGUAAGUGAACCUAAUACACCUGACAGGAACCGACUUUUCCCUAAACAAGCAUUUAAUCACAAACGCAGUCGAUCAUACAGAGAGAAAAAGAUAAAUCAUGACAGUUUCCCUAGACGGCAUAGUACGGGUGUAGUCAGCCAGACUGUGCCAAGAAAAGCAUUAUUGGAACAAUUAAGUGCAGUGUUAGCAGGUUCAGAUGAUCAGCUACCAGACAAUAUAAUUCUAGUCAAUACUGCUGAAUGGCAAGGACAGUUUUUCCUGCAAAAGUUGCAAGAAAAACAGUUUAAAGUGAUAUGUACUUGUGGAAAUGCUGAUGUCAAGGCUGCUGUUAGUAAUCUGGUGCAUAAAAUACAGAAAUUUUGCAAUACAAAUCCGAAGAAGCCAAGUCCAGUGAAGAUUGCGAUAGCUGGGGCUGAUGGUUAUAUUAACUCUGUGUUAAGGCCAUAUGUAGAACAGUUCUCAGCUAAACCUCCAGACUGGCAAGGAUAUGUUAGAUUUCUAGUCAUACCGUUCGGUAACAGUUGUAUUGGUAAAAACUUGGGAACUUUGGAUGCAACUUAUUCAUCUUUAUUUCUUGAUCAAUCAUGGAAAGAUACAUUCGAUAAAACAGAAUCAAUAAAACUAGAUUCACAAGAAAUUAUAAACAGAGUGUCAAAGUAUUUGAGUAGUGCCAGCACGUUAUUACAAAUACCAAUAGCAGAGGCUAUGGUGAUGUGUAAAGGUAAAAGUGGUGAAGAUGAAUCUUGCCAAAACUUUAUCCCAUUCUUCAGUGAAGUGAAGAUAGGAAAUCCAGAAUCAACGAAUGCAUCAGGUGCUGUUCAGUCAAAUGAGGCCUGCUGUGUUGCUACUGUACCAGGGGUCCUAGAGCUGGCCCGUGUAUUGGUGGAUUUUGAUGACGUUAGUACUGUUGUUAAUUCACCUGCAUUAUUAUCCAGUUCUCCACCAUCUAAUAAUACAUUGGAGAAACAGAAAGAAACAAAUACACCACCAAGUUCUCCCAAUGUUGGCAUUAUGGCUACAUCCAAUCAAAGUUCAUCAACACCCAUUCCUGUUCCUGGAGAAUUGCUGGAGUUACAGAUAGAAUACUGGACUACUCCUGUAAAAAUUGAAACAUCGGCCAGUAAAAAGGACAGUAAUAAAAUCACGCUAAAAACAACGUUUAAAUACAUACAUGUACAACGAUUAGCUCAACCCGGUAUUCCAAUGUCUGAUCUACAGUCAUCAACAUUUACUAUGUUGUCUGUCAUGAAGGAAAAGAAACAAAAAAUAAUGAGAUUGAAAAAGGCCAAAGAAACAGAAUCAAAAAGUCAUACAGUUGAUGGGAUAAGUAGAUUAAUAUGUACAUCAAAAAGUCAAAAUCAUUCUCUUAAAGUAACUGUCGAUGGUGUGGAAUGGACAGGUGUCAAGUUCUUCCAGUUGUCAGCACAGUGGCAAACACAUAUCAAACAUUUUCCCGUUGUUUUGUUUGGAUUUUCGGACAGUUGACAUCUACAGCAGCAUCCAGCUUGGUUAUAACAGUUCAGCAUUUCUUUGAAGAUAAUCAGAAAUCUCAAAAACUGAUUAGAUCUACUUAAAGAGCUGAUAUGGUAAAUCUCCAGUGAUUUAUUAAAUACACUGCAGUUGUUGUAUUUUUAUUUAUGUCUGUUUAGAUGACAUAAGAUGAUCUUGUUGUUAAGGGCUUUCAUGCCAGUUUACCUGUAUAUAAGGCUUCAAAGACAUUGUAUCAAUUGAAUACCAAGGAUUAGUUUGUAAUUAAUCAUCAGUUAUUGUAUUAAGUAGCAAUGAACCUAUAUACGGAAUUAAAAUCAUAAUUGUAUUACAUCCACUGAAAUAUAUUUUAAAAAAAUUAUUAGAUAUUAAAAUCUUUUACUUUGAAAAAUAUGACUGUUUAUAUUAUUUCAUUGUUAAUUUAUUCCUCUCUGUUUGGGACAAAUAAUACCGGUACCACAUACAACAUUCAAUGAAUGUAAUUUCUUGUACUUUAAAAGCAGCCACUUCUUAUAUUUCAUUCCAAAUUGAAUAUGCAUGCCUAUUUUGACCAUUAGUUAUCAUUCUAUGUGGUGAGAUCAUGCUUGAUAAUUGAUUCUUUUCUUCAUUACUUUUAUGCCAUGAAUUGCUGUAAACCCAAGGUUCCAAGAUACCAAAACUUCAUAUGAGGCGCUGUAUGCACGUUUUGUAAAUUUAUUUCUCGAUGUAAUUGCUGUAAAUAAAAUACUGGAUUCAUUUUUAUUUUUGGAAUACAAAUUUUUGUAGAUUUCAUGGGCAUAUGUGUUAACAAAGAAUUUAAAUGUUCAACGAAGUAUACUGUUUUUGAAUUUUCAUAUUUUUUAAGCAUCAAGUUAUUAAAUCAAGUAAGUGUUUUUAUUGCCUUUAUUAGGUUUAAUUCAAGAUGAGGAAGCAUAGGUAUAUUUACAUCCCAUAUUAGGUAGAUUUUAAAAUAGGUUUGGGUAAAAGAUUAACCCCCCAAAUUAUUAAAAAUGUUGAAUGAAUAAUUUUUUGAACAAAUAUGUCUCACAUUCAUACUUAACUGAAAAUAUUCAUCUUUUACACAUUGUGUAUAUUAUCUGACAGCCAUUUUAACUUUGUAUGAUCUAAAGGUUGUAGAACAAGUCUUUUAUUAAUUACAACAUAAACUGUUCAUGUGUUAACCAAAAUUUUCUACCAAUUGGUCAGUUUGAUUUGAUUAUUUGAAACCUAUUGAAAACUCGUUGAAAUUAAUGUUGCUUGGUGAAAGAACUUUAAGGUUAGAUUUACUUGUCUCCCACCAGAUUUUGUUUGCUUAGACACAUUUUUAGAUAGCUUUUGAAAAAAUUAAAUUAGAAAUUGUGUUAACCCAUGCAUGGUUUAUGUUGUAAACAAUUAUGUAUUUGUUUAUCUACACAGCAUUAUUUUGGUUUUUAUAUAUUGUUGUCUUUCAUGUAUGAAAUUACUGUAUUUAGAAAUCCAUAUUGUACAUUUUAUUGCAUAUGAAUACUUCCUAAUAUUCCCAUUCAAAUUUAAUAGAGCAAACAGUGUAUUCUGUGUUUAUGAAUCUUGUUUUUAGUCCCCUACCGACGAAGUAGAAGGGGACUUUAGGUUUGCACUCUGUUCGUUUGUCUGUCCGUCCGUCUGUCCGGCAAAUCAGCUUUCCACACUUUUUUCUUCAUUCUUGAAGAUAUUGAUUUGAUAUUUGGUAUAUAGUUUUAUCAUGACAAGUUAUAGAUCAAGUUCGAAUUUUGGUCCGGUUUGAUGAUUUAGUCCAGAGUUAUCAUGGUCCAUAUCUAAUGUUAGCGUACUACAUUUUGUAUGUUAAACCAUAUUUCUGUACAAAGAGAGAUAACUCAUUUUUUUUAAAGACAUUCUUUGGUUAAUUGUUUGAAGUGUUUUUUAUUUUGUAUAAACUACUUUUCAGAAUGCUAUAUACAUAAAAAAAAAUUAUGAAGUGAAAGAUAAUAAUCUAUUUUUAUUAAGGUAUAUAUUUCAUUACAUUACAUUGUGUAUAGAUAAAAGUUGUUGACAUUUUAUAGAUAAGUUACAAAUCUAUAUUAGUUUGUGACAAAUGAAAGAAAAAAUAUUUAGAACUAUUAAUUACAUUGAUUAUAACUGGAAAAUAAAUAUACAUUGUAUUACAUCAUAUCUAAUUUUAGAGAACUAUUAAUCAUAUCUAAUGUUAGAGUGUUUCCCACACUUUUUAUAUCUCCUUAAGAAAAUUCACAACUCAUACUGUCUAGUGAGAUAAUUUGUGAAUGAAAGAUUUAUAUAUAAAUAGGAAAUUGACUAUGAAGGUCUUCAUACCAAGUAGUUAUUUUACCAAUAUGUUACCAAGAUUCAUAAGCACAACCAUUCAGUUUGUUUGAUUGAGCCAAAAUAAAAUGAACUUUUGUAUUGAGCCAUGUGAAUACACCACAUAAUUUACUAAAUUGUCUUUCGUGUACUUUUUCAGCAUGCAUUUUCUCAUUUUUUGCAUACAUUAUGUAUGAUGGUUAACAAAUCCAUAGGCCAGCUUUGACAGUAUUUUAUUGUUAAGUAUUAAAUGUCAUUUUAUUUCUUGCCACUUGUUGAUUUAUUCACUGAAAUGUUAGUUAUUUUUUUAAUUCCAUAGUUCGCCAUAUUGUUUGUUGAUGUUCAGAAAGCAAUAAACAUUUUGUUAGCGGAAUGAAUGAAAAAUUGGUGGUAGUUAUUGAAUACAUAUGUGAGAAUGAGGGUUUGAUGUAAUACAUAACAAUUAAAUAAUUAUUUUUUGGAUGUGUAAUUAUGUAAUAUUCCAUUAUCUCAAACAUUGUGACACAUGCGUUAAAUAUUUUUUUAAAGUCUUUUCCAUCUUCAAUAGAUGCCUGUUUUCAAUGUUAAACAGGCCAUGAAAUACCAGCCAAAAAAAAUACAAACUACAUUUAAUGAAAAAAAAUCUAACACAAUUGGCAGCCAUUAUGACAUGGAUGCAUUACAUUUAGGAUCAUUUUAAAAGAAAAUCAUUGUUUGGACAGGAAAGCGAGACCUGUAGUUUUAUUCAAUAUUGUGUGUUCCAGUAUUACAUGACGGUGCUAAUAAUUUUGUGUGUUCUCUUUUAAGUGCAAUGUGUUAGGGUGAGUGAAUUUCUGCAAGGUGAAAAAUUUAUGUUGUGUUUGUAAUAUGUACAUAUAUCUGUAAUGUCAUGAAUUGUGGAACUCUAUGUUUAAUUUAUGUAAGAAGUUAUUAGGGGUUAUUCCAUUAUAAAGGAUUUUGGAGGGUAGGAGGAAGAGAUGUUUUAUUUUAGGAUAUCGGUUGUGGGUCAUUUAUGGUAGUAUGUCCAUUUGUUGUAUUCAAAAUUACUAUAAGCAUGUAUUGUCCUGAACAUGCAUGAAAUAUUUGCCACUGGACUUUAGAAAACAUUAAUUAAUCAAAGCAAGUAUGUUAGUUGGAUUGGGUUUGGAGGGGGUGCUCAAAGUCCAUUCUUACCCAUCCACAUCAGUUUUAAUGGAAUAGCCCUAAUUUGCAUUAUUAAUUAUACAAACUGUUUUGUCAGAAUGAAGUGAUUAUUUGCGUUAAUGAUUUACACACAAACACUUGUUUAAACAUAUCAAAACAUGUUUUCCCCUGUCAGUCAGUUGAUUUUUCGCAUCUUUUUUUUAUUUGUUUGUAUGCUUUAAAAUUGUGUCUCAUGAUAUGUAUAAAAACUGUAAAAAUCUGUAUGUAAAUAACUAAUCUUUAUAUAAUUAACUAAUGAUUACUGAUACAAUGUUUAUUUUUUAAAUCUUAAAUUUCCAAAAUCUUUAAUUUGAGAAAAAAGAAGCCUGAACCCAUCUAUAUAUUUUCUUGGAACUUGUCGGUUAUAUAAUUUCUAUCAAGAGCUUUUAUUAGUUAGUUGUUGAAUUGAAAUUGUUCACCUGGAACUCAAGUAAAUAUGUGAAAAAAAGCCAGAACCUAGAUCUGUAUUUUAAUAAACCGGUCAGUUUAAAAUAUCAAUUCAUUUAAGAGAUGAUAUAUCUCUUAAUAAAACAUCUUGUUGAUUUCAGGAAGUAGAAUAUUCAUAAAGCUUUUAAAAAAAUUAAAUUGAACUUGCUAAAUGCAUGAAAUCAAGAAACAGUUUGAUUUGAAAAAUUAGUGUCAAAAAGCUGAUCUGACAUUAUUUCUGUCAAUAUUUUAUGUAUAGAAAUGCAUUAUUUAAUUAUAUAUACAUGUUGUUCAAGUAGAUGUAAAAUCUAAUUAGAACAAAAUAUAUAUUAACUUAUUUAUUUUUGUUGUACUUUCAAAUUUUGUUUUUAUAUUUAUUUGCCUGUCUACUAGAUGUAUUAUGAUAUACAGUUGUCCUUCUGUAUGGCCUAGUGUGUCAUGUGAUAAAUCAAACCUGCUUUUGCUAAUCCUUGGUUUUUCUUUUUGAUGCAUAGUAAUGAGACUUGCUUUUUUGGGGUAUGUGUAACAAUAGCUCAAGUUAUUUUCUACAUUGUACUCUUGAAAAUAAGACAUUUUAUGACAUAUCGCACAGUAAUGUUUAAUUUGUUUAUGAUUAUUUUUAUUCACAAGCAAUAAUAAUGUUCUUGUAGAUGCGUUUUCAUAAAAUGACAAUAAUAUACUAAAUUUAUAGUCAAGAGAAAAUUGUCAUUUUAAAACAAAAAAUUAUCAUAAUUAGCAAGUGAUUAAUUAAGAUUUUGAAAAGAUUGCAUUAUAAAGAGGAUUCAAAGUUUUAAAUCAUUAAAUAAUCUGCCUCAUUUAUUCAAGAAAAUAAUUUAGUUAAACAGACUGCCUGAGUACUCCAUCAUAUUAAGUUACACAACUAUAAGUCAACCAAUAAUAGAAAUUUAAAGCAAAUCAACUAUAAGUCAACCAAUAAUAGUAAUUUAAAGCAAAUCAACUAUAAGUCAACCAAUAAUAGUAAUUUAAAGCAAAUCAACUAUAAGUCAACCAAUAAUAGUAAUUUAAAGCAAAUCAAAAAAAGGCUUAUGUUAAUACAUGUUUAAUGGUCCCCAGAUCUAUCAAAAUUUCGAAUUUUCUAAACACAUCUUGUUAUAUUCAUGUUUAAAACCAACUAAUGUGCUUAACUUGUAAUAUACAAUACUAUACUUUAGUUCCCACUAAUAAGUUUUUUUUAAGUGUUUCUUAUAGUUUUUUUCCCAGAUUUUUAGUGAUAAGUUUUAUUUCUUUCAAAACAUUUUAGAGAUGGAGAUAAAUUAUAACCGCAAAAUUUCAAUGUUUAUGACCUCUGGAUCGUCACUUAAUAUCUGAGAUAAAAUAAAACUUCAAGGAAAAAGGAUAUAAAAGUUUGCUGAAAAUUUCAUUUUGGUAAAGCAGGAGCAUUUUUUAUUAAUAUGCAAGACUUUAUCUCUUCAUUCAUGACAUUUGAAACAAAGUUUAGCUUAGAGCACAUACAUUGGGAAUAAAAAAUUACUUAUAAUGAAAACAUUUUUUCAAAGUAAAAUUGUCUUCAAAUCUACACAAGGGCAGUUAAAUUUAAAGAAAUUAAGGAUGACCUUAUAUUUGAUAAUUUGUUAUUUCCAUGUCAGUUGUCUCCCUUGUGAUUUGUUGUGUUUGCUUACUAGUUACUGUCUGUAAAUUUGGUAUUUUAUUUUUACCAUAAUUUCUAUUAAAAGUAAUACUAAA